AUGGGGUUGUACAAAUACGAGGAGUUGCAAUCACUCCCAUUCAGUUCAGGAGACUUUUCUCAAACUCCAAGAAUCACUACUCCAUUGCACUUUUCAUUGGAGAAACUGCCUGAAACAAACGUGACCUUAUUUCCCGUCCAUGAUUCAUCUGUAGUUCCCAAGGCAUUGAAACAAGUCAUAUGUGAUGAAUUCAAUCAUAUUAUCGACGAGGGGAAGACUUAUCCAUACGUUGAAGUGAUGGAAGUCGAUGAGUUUGUUGACUUUUGGUUCAAACACUUUGUGGCUAUUCUAAUUGAAACAAGAUCAGAAAUCGAAUCACAAUAUGAAUUUUUGGACCAGUUGGGAAACCAAAAUGAUAUAGAUUUCUGGAGAGAUCGGUUCCUUGGUAACUUUUACGUGAAACCAAACUAUAUUGGACGUUCUUCUCAUAUUUGCAAUGCUGGAUUUGUAGUUAACCACCAAAAACGAGGCCUAGGACUUGGAAAGGAAUUAGGUAAGAAAUAUCUUGUAUGGGGACCUCAAUUAGGUUAUCUGUAUUCUGUUUUCAAUUUAGUAUAUGAAACCAACAUUGCUAGUGUUAAAAUCUGGGAUUCUCUUGGAUUCGAUAGAAUCGGUUAUGUAAAGGGUUCAGGCAUACUUAAAGGGGAGGAUAAACCUGUUGGAGCCAUAGUCUUUGGCAAAGACUUUUGA